AUGUCCCAUACCGAGGUGGAUCAAACGGGGUCUCUCGGGGAACAGGAGCGUAGAGGUGAUAGCGAUGGUGACAAAAAACCCCGGAAUAAAAGACCAGCAAAUACUGCUUUCCGGCAACAACGCUUGAAAGCCUGGCAACCCAUUUUAACACCCAAGAGUGUAUUACCCCUUUUCUUCAUCGUCGGGAUCAUAUUUGCUCCCAUAGGCGGCCUUUUGUUAUGGGCGAGCUCUCAGGUACAAGAGAUAUCGAUAGAUUACUCUGAGUGCGCGGAGAAAGCACCAAGGAAAGGCCACGAAGAGAUUCCAAAUAGAGUCAGUUCGUCAUUCAAAUCAUCUGGCCAGAUUGCUCCGACGUGGCAGCGUCGCGAUGAACACAAUGUCACGUAUUGUCGACUGAUAUUCGACAUCCCCGACACGAUCGGACCACCUGUUUUCUUGUAUUACCGACUCACGAACUUUUAUCAGAAUCACAGAAGAUAUGUGAAAUCCUUGGACGUCGACCAAUUAAAGGGCAAAGCAGUUGACAACAAGACCCUUGAUGGCGGGUCAUGCGAUCCUCUGAAACUUGAUCCAUCUGGCAAAGCAUAUUAUCCAUGUGGACUUAUAGCAAACUCUCAAUUCAACGACACAAUAUACAGCCCGCAACUUCUAAAUGAUGACCGUGUUGAGGCCGAACCAUACCUGAUGACGAAUAAGGGAAUAGCAUGGGACAGUGACAAAGAACUCAUCAAGAAAACGCAAUAUAAGCCAGGCCAAGUUGUUCCUCCACCGAACUGGCAUGAUCGAUAUAAUUAUACGGAUGAAAUCCCUGAUCUCCACGAAAACGAGGAAUUUAUGGUUUGGAUGAGGACUGCGGCCCUUCCGACCUUCAGCAAGUUAGCUCGAAGGAACGACACCACCUCUAUGGCAAAGGGCACAUAUCAAUUGGACAUUGCACUUCGUUUUCCAGUCACUGAAUAUGGAGGCACAAAGUCAAUCCUCAUCUCUACAAGGACUGUGAUGGGCGGGCAAAACCCAUUUAUGGGGAUUGCAUACGUUGUGGUCGGCGGUGUUUGCGUUUUGCUGGGUGCUCUUUUCACCGUUGCACAUCUGAUAAGACCUCGAAAACUGGGAGACCAUACGUAUCUGACGUGGAAUGGUGAGCAAGAGGGUACGGCAGCAAUAGCAACUGGGAGAGAUAAUAGAUUUGGGGCGCAUGCUACUUGA